GGGAAAGAUGAAAAAGAAAGUCCAACUUCCUGGAAAAGCCGGACGAAAUAAACAGAAACACGCACACCAAAAGAAAGCUUUGGCGCCAAGGAAAGGAGGUCGUGUUAUAAAACCCAAGAAAGCUAAGAAUAUAGAAGUAGCUAAACUCAAAAAGAAUAUUGAAAAGGCCAUUGGUAGCAACAUAGAAGCUGAAAUAGGUGCCAGGGCCAGCUCAGCUGAGCCAAAAUCCUUCAACAUUGUGCACUCUUCCUCAAAUGUGAAAAACAAAGAAGCCAAAAAACAGAAGUGAUAAAGAAGAUGAUUCUAUGUAUUUGAAAUGUACAACUAUUAUCAGUGCUCAUUCAGUUUUUAGCACCUGAUAGAAAAACAUUAUUGUUUUUUCAUAGAGGUAUAUUAUUUGUGUUAUGAUCAGUUACUAUUUUUAAAAUGAUGCUGCUACAUCUAUUCAAUAUUAUUGGUAAAUUGGUCUCAUUGCAAUAAUCCUUAAUUACUAGUACCAGAAUUAUCAUAAAAUCAGGCGUUAAA